GGCCGCCUCCUCCCCCUCCGCCUCUUCCUGGCCGCGGCUAGAGGAGCUGUGCUGGCAGCGGGGAGGCGGCGGCGGCGGCGCCCAGCUCCCGGCCCGCCAUGGCGAUCCGCAAGAAGAGCAACAAGAACCCGCCGGUGUUGAGCCACGAGUUCAUCGUGCAGAACCAUGCGGACAUCGUGUCCUGCAUGGCCAUGAUCUUCCUGCUGGGGCUCAUGUUCGAGAUAACAGCAAAAGCAGCCGUCAUUUUUGUUACACUUCAAUAUAAUGUUACCAUCCCUGCCACAGAAGAACAAUCUGCAGAAACAAUCUCUCUCUAUUACUAUGGCAUCAAAGACUUGGCUACAAUUUUCUUUUACAUGCUUGUAGCAAUAAUCAUACAUGCUAUAAUUCAGGAGUAUGUACUGGAUAAAAUUAACAGGAAAAUGCACUUUUCAAAAACAAAGCAUAGCAAGUUCAAUGAGUCUGGGCAACUUAGUGCAUUCUACCUUUUCUCCUGUGUUUGGGGAACGAGUAUUCUUGUCUCUGAGAACUAUAUAUCAGAUCCAACCUCUCUGUGGAGGGACUAUCCGCACACUCUGAUUCCGUUUCAAAUGAAGUUUUUCUACAUCUUACAGUUGGCAUACUGGUUUCAUGCUUUUCCAGAACUGUACUUCCAGAAAACUAAAAAGGAAGACAUCUUUCGCCAGAUUGUCUACAUUGGACUUUACCUCUUUCAUAUUGCUGGAGCCUAUCUCCUGAAUCUGACCCAUCUUGGACUUGUUCUUCUGGUAUUGCAUUACUUCGUUGAAUUUCUUUUCCACAUAUCCCGUCUUUUCUACUUCAGUGAUGAAAAAUACCAGAAAGGAUUUUCACUGUGGGCAGUUCUUUUUGUUUUGGGAAGGCUUCUCACCUUGAUUCUCUCAGUCCUCACUUUUGGCUUUGGACUGGCAAGAGCAGAAGAUCAGCAGCUGAAUUUCAGUACUGGGAACUUUAAUAUCCUGGCUGUUAGAAUCAGUGUGCUGGCCUCCAUCUGCAUGACUCAGGCAUUUAUGAUGUGGAAGUUCAUUAAUUUCCAGCUUCGGAGGUGGAGAGAGCAUUCUUCUUCUCAGCCUCAGUCAGUGAAAAAGAAGUUUGUAUCAGCUAAAGGAAAGACCUCCAGAAAAGAAAGAGAAAAUGGAAUAAAUGGAACAGUGACCUCAAAUGGAGCAGACUCGCCUCGCAGCAGGAAGGAUAAAUCCUCGUAAAACUGGGUUUUAUUAAGUUAAUUGACUAAUGUCCCCAAAGAAUCUGCUUUUUACAUGGAUGGCCCUUCAGCACUAGAGAUAUUAUGGAUUAAAGAAAAUACAAUUCAUGUUUUUUGAUUAUUGCUGUUAUUUUGGGAAACUUUUUUUAAAAAGCCAUUUUGACUAAAGCAAAAGGUUUAUCUCUCUUCAAAUACUUGGGGGGAGGAUUCAACACUUUUUAAAAAACAUUGACGCUUUUUUAAAUAUUUACUGUGAUGAAUAACUUAAUGAGGAUCACUGUUGCAGUGUAUUAUUUCCUUCCAGUUUUUGUAACCUUGGUGAUACUGUUCUACCAACUUCACUUUUUCCAAGUUCCUCAAGAAGUAUUGCAAAAUUGAAGUAAAAACAUAGUAUGCAUUUUCAGAUACUCUGGGUUUUCAGUUAAUUACCUUGACUCAAAUUUACACUUCAAUUUGGGAUUCCAAGACCACACCAAUAGACGUCUUUAUUUGGUAGUUACUAGCUGCACGAUGUCUGCUCUAAGAAUUGCCCCAUAUCAUUAAAACAAAACUGAACUAAUUGGAAAUGUUGCAGAGUCUUAUUGUUUGUUGGUUAGAAAUCUCUUACAAGGAGCAAAACACCUUUUUGAGAUAUAGCUUUUAGCACUUGAAACUUAGAAGGGAGUGUGUAUGGUCAUAGAAGGAGUUGAUUUGAGUAGCACUGUUCACUUCUGUCUGUGCUUUUGAAGUGUACAUAUCUUGGAGAAUUAGUGUGCAUUGGACCUUCUUUGGAAACUUGUCUGUCUGAUUUUAGGGGUGGAGGGUCUUACAAUGUGUUGUGUUUGUUUUGGGAAGCAAUUAAUGCUCCAUGAAGAGGGAAUUAAAUAAAUGGAUCAAGUUAUGAGAAACA